GCUGCUAAGCGCUAACGGUAAACAACAUGGCGGCGAUGAUAUGAUGGAGAGCUAGCUUUGGCCAUUUCCCCCCCUUCUCUAAAUUUCAGGGAUUUUUAAUGACGAUUUUGUAGUGAAGUACUUUCGAUAAGAGGAUACGUUUGUGUUAUAAAUCUACUGAAGCUGAGAUUACAGUAUAUAAAAGCCGAAUACACAGUUAAAGGAGCUAGCUAGCAGGCUUGGCUAAGCACAAGUCAUAGCAGAAGAGGUUGUGAAAAGCAGAGAUUGGAAAGCGGUAUCAGGAAAGACGAUGGAUUCGUUGCUGUGAUGUUGAUUUCUGAUUUAAAAUCAACAGAAUGAGAUGCUCAUGGUGACUUUUCGGUUUAGGUUCAGGUUUCCAGGAAGAUGUUGCAGGUUUGAUUUUCUGUCAUUGAUCACUGCAGUCUAAUGAGAGGAGAGAUAUAACGCAUGCCGUCCAAAUGUCGGAGUGGAAACGCAUUUUCGAUGAAAACCGAGUGAUUCCUCCUCCUCAGCAAACAUCCCGGGUAGCACAGGGUCCGAGCCAGGCUUUCCAGCUCGUGCUCAAACGAUUGGAUGGGCUUCACUUAAACCAGGCAGAGGAGGUGAGAUCAGACAGGUACGAGCUGCGCGUCUCUCUGUUUGAUAACAGUCUGCAGCGUUUCUUUGGAAGGACAUGGAAAAGUGAACCACGUGAGGCCACUAAGCGAAAUCAAGAACAACCCAGCAAAGUGCAUUUUAAUGAGGUUGUAUACUUCCACACGUCUCUGUGUUUGGCCUCAGUGGUGGCUGUUGUGGAGCUGGCCUCUCUCUCUCCUGGGGCAGACACUUCCCAGAAUGCAGUGGGGCAGGGCUUUGGCAUCCUGCAUCUCUUCUCUGGACAAGCGCAGGGAGAGGGCAGGUUGAGUCUGUUCCAUGGUACUCCUCGAGCUCUGCUACAUCCAACACUGAGGGACCCACUGCAGAUGAAUGCAGUGCUGUCAGUGAUAGAAGGAACUCAGCUGCUGUAUUCUCUCCAGCCACACCCUGCCCUCAAUCCCAUCAUGCACCUACUCCCACCCAAUAUCAUGGUCUCUGGCCAUGAGCUCAUCCCUGGAGUCCUUCCUCCAACUGACAGCACAGCAGAUGCUCUGCAGAGACCUCGGCUGUUGCCGGCAUUCUCAUGUGCACUGGAGAGGGUGUGUGUGUGCCUCGCUCCCUCCAUACAGGCCUUCGAGGCAGACUUGCUCGAGAGGCUGAACAAUGAGCGCAACAACACGAGAGUGGGUGCGGAGGUGCGGUCGGUGGUGGUGCAAGAGAGAAGGCUGCACAUCGGUGUCCAUAAUGGCCUGUGCUGGGUGGAUGGACCUCAGGUGAUGGUGCUAGAGCACAUGGCUGGGGGAAGCGGUGGCCUUAAACAGAGUUCUACAGAGACACACAGUUCCGUCCUGAUGCUACAAGGUAACGUGGAGCUGAGAAUGAUAAGGCACCCAGCCUUCAGUUUGCUCUUCCUGCUGGAGUACGCCUUCUCCGUUCCCCUUGCCAGAGAUGGGAAGAUGCCCUCCAUGGCCGUACAGAGGGCGGUGUUUAUGCAAAGUGUGCGCUGGGGCGUAUGGAGUCCUUUCUCUGAUCCCGAUGGCCAGUAUGAAAGUGUGUGUGUUAGUCUGCAGGGUGGCUCCCUACCCAACCCCUAUGGAGUUAUGGUUUACACAGCACACACACAGCAGACCGAUGCAGAAGGAAGCGUUAUCAAAUUCAAGUUUACGAACAACUUGGAAGGCGCCACUUCCACUGUGACGUCAAAAUCAAUCUCUCAGGAAAAGCCUCAACCUAAGAAGUGGCACGCCACAUCCCACGAUGGAAGCAAGCUUGGACUUGAAGCUUCACCACUGUGCACCAUCCGUGGUCCCGGACUCUCGGUCUCUCAGCUGGCUGUGGCUUCGCGCUAUCCAACUCUGAGCCACACGACGGGGUCGCCAUGGCAACAGCAGCUUCCCGCUCCACUCGCUCUCUCCCCGAUGGCGUCGGCCCACCAGCUGUCACACGUUGUACAUCCUGCUGUAGGCAUAGCACACCUAGAAGUCAGCGCGAUGGAGAGAAAGGGAAUGGGGGAUGCCCCAGAGGAAGAGUAUGAUCUACAUGAACUGACCUUCACCCCUGUCCAUGCUCCUGUCAUCAUGCUGGGAACACACACAACAGGGUCCAGCAGGACGAGUUCUCGAGGAUUACUCGCUCAUCUCUUCUCCUCCCGCUUCCCUGAAAUCCGUGAUGACCUCAACCAAGUAGCCGAACUUCUCGACCCAGAUGAGCCUGUGAACUUUGACCCCCACAGAGAAGAGGCAGAUCCACUGCAAGUCAAUAGACUCCUCCUUCAGUUCCUGGCUUUUACCAGGGUCCAUCAGGCAGGUGUGGAUAUGGAAUGGCCGAGCAUGGUACAUUUUACUUUUCAGCUGUACCGCUUCCCUCCUGUCACCACACAGCGCCUCAAGCUUGUGGCAUCUGAGGCCAGUUCGAGGCCUGAUUACCCCUGCAUUCUGUCUGUUACUAACAGGGAUGGCAGCAUUGGAUCAGGUCCUCCUGGGCUGCAGUUGCAGUACUGUGUCGAUCCUGCCUUCCUAAAGCCUGGUGAGCGUAUAUGGUUUCUCCGCUACCUGGCACUGCACACCCUGCACAUAGACGUGUGGGACAGCGACUCGUUACUGCUCAUCGGAUCUGCCGCCGUUCAGCUGAAGCAUCUGUUGCGUCAGGGUCGAGCCGCUGUACAGGUGAUUCAUGAGCUGGAGGUCAUUAGCACUGAGUAUCUGCAGGAUGCCAGUCUGGCAAGAGAGCAUGCAGGUGGGCAGAGGGCCAUCCCUGCCAUGAGUGUCUAUACCAUUGUCAAAGGCAGGCUGCAUAUCCGACUCGGCAACAUCGGUGGUGUGGUGCAGAAAAACCCGAACUCGUCUGUUCUUCUCCCUCCAUCUCGCUCUCAUGUCAUUCAGCCCAGCCAGACUCCCACAGGCUUUCAAGGAGGCAGUCUGUCCGCAAACACUGUCCUCAACCUCAACGUUGUAGCACGGAAUGCGAGGCGGGCCCAGCGUCUGCCAGAUAUUGAUGGCGAGUUAGCUAGUCUUCUGCAGAGUCGGAUGAGAGGAGUGGAUGAUGCCUGGCUGCAGAGUCGAGGUGAGACAGAGGAAGUGCGUCAGAGGAAGAGUGACAGGAUGGCAGCUGUCCGUCAAUAUGAAGAAAACGCCACAUCCAACACACAUGAGAAAGCCAGCUAUAUGAGGAGAAAGGAGGAUCGGACACAGCACUCUCAAGACCUGCGUUUGAUAGAGGCCUAUCGAGAGCGCUGCAAAGUGGAAGGCAUUAUUAACAUGCUGAGCCAAGCCAUCACCACCACGCACACAAUCUAUGCAAUGCUCGGUACCGCUGAGUUCUUUGAAUUUGUGCUUAGGAACCCUUUCAACAUUCCUCAGACUGUUACCAUCGAGUGUGAAGACCCUGAGCUUAGUGUUAUAGUGAACGCUGAGGAAUGGAGGUAUUUUAAAGACUUGACAAAGAUGUGCACUCCUUUGGAGGUGGAGAUGUUUCACAUGAAGGAGGACAGCUCAACACCUCAGGUGUACUUGCGGCCAAGAGAGAACGUCCACAUCCCUCUGAAGUACCAGAGCUUUGUCUCUGGGCAUGUCAUGCUUUGUCAGGACUCAAAGACUUCUAACAGUCUACACUGUGCUCACCACCAGCAGUCUAACACAGUGAUGGCUAAAUUUAUCAAGGUAUUUUUCCGAGCAGAGGACAGUCAGCCACUGGCCAUCUGCCAAGUACGAGUAGAGCCGACUCCCCACAUAGUCGACCAGACCUUUCGCUUCUAUCAGCCCGAGCUCUCCUUCUUUAAGAAAGCCAUCCGGCUGCCUCCUGCUGAACCCGGCACACCAGAUGCUUGUUCCAGGCUCCAGGUGCGCUGCAGCGACCCCAAUGUGAUCUGCCACGUCAUCGCUACGGCUCCAGGAGAACCUCAGGACAUUUAUCUGAAAGUGCCAGGGGCUCCCAGUCCCCAGAUUAAAACAUUUGUCAUCACUGUGUUCAAUGAUCCCUGGCUGGCCUCCCCUACUCAAACGUGGCAGGUGUACAUGCAUUACCUGCAGAAAUUGGACAUUAGCUGUGUGUGUGGUACGCUCAGCUGGCACUCCCUGGUACUGCGUGGCACACAGAGCAUCCGCAAGGUCAAGUGCUACACUUCCCACCCUCUGGAGCUGCAGGUGGACCCAGAGGAAGUGUUUGCUCUCCCUGCUCUGGGUGUGCAAGACAUUAGGCUGGGAGUGAAGGCUCUGCACUCUGGGAGCUGCUUCCGCUACCUUAAUGUGGUGGAUGUGGACACAAGACAGCUGGUAGCAUCCUGGCUUCUGUGCCUCACCUUCAGGCAGCCUGUUAUAUCACGGGCCUUUGAGAUCCAAGUGCCUGUAGGGGGUGGAAGAGGCAGCAAUAAGAAGAUCGGCUUCACCAAUCCCUAUCCUUCCAACAGAGGAUUCAGGCUGUGCUCGGACCAUCCAGACCUACUGCAGUUCAAAGAGGAAAAGUUUCAGAUUGACGGAGGUGCGAGCUACAACAUCGGGUUGCGUUUUGCUCCCAGUCAGAGUGCCGGUACAGAAGAGAUCCUCGUCUUCAUCAAUGACCUGGAGGAUAAGAACGAGGAAACAUACUGCAUCAAAGUUGUCUACAGAUAACCCGAACAAACUGGCACAUGAAGCUGUAUUGCAUCAACAUCUUCAUCGACAUAACCUUUUUGAACUGAUAAUCUAUUUUGUAAUGAAAGUUCCGUUUUGAUAGAACUGUGAUAGAGAUCUCCUUAAAGUACGUCAGUUGCAUCUGAUCCUCAAGCCAGCUGUAUGUAUGAAUCGACAUCCAACACAGGAAAACAGAUGAAAGUCAAGCAGAAGGGUGUUUUUUUUUUGCUUGUUUGUUUUUAUACACAAAUGCAUAUGGAUGACACCUUUGAGAUCUGUGCACGCAUGAAGAUCGUGUACUAAGGAAGAGAUGGAAUAGAAAUCAUCAGCAUAGGUAUAUACCAUAAAUAAACAUUGAAAUCUGAAGCAGAAGGACUGUUCUUCACAAAUUCUGUGCCUGUUGUAGCCUUGUUGUUGUUUUUUUUUGUUUGUUUUUUUUUCCCCAACAGCUUCCUGACAUCCCAUAUUGAGACUCUAUAGAGAGCAAGCGUUUUUAUUUUCUUCUUUUUUCGAUAAACCAUUUCAAAUGAAUAUUUAUAACCUCAGGAAGUGACAUCAGUGUUCCUAGAACAUAUCUGGUUGCAAAGAACCAUACUCUGCACGCCUCUUUUUAUGUGACUGGCAGCUUGAUUUAAUGACAGGAUAUCCAAUUUAAAAUAAGGACCAUGUUGUUCAGUUGUCUGUAGCUAGCUAACUCAUCCAGCUCUACAUGAACAGCGCCCACUCGCAACAUCUUCUUCCUUCUUAGCCACGAACCAUGCUGAAUACUAUUUAGACACCAUUUGACAUACUCUAGCUUCACCAUACACAACACAAAUGCAAAUAUUUCCCACCUUUAAGGAAGUAAUUGUGAUGAACUUUAACCAACCAAUAACAAGGUAAAGAAUCACAUCAGAACAGGUCACCUCAGGUAAAAGUUUUAAGUCUGAUCCUUUAAAGGAUGGGUAAUGACAAUUAUUCAUUUAUUGUUAAGUUUUGUAUGUAUCUUGUUGUUUUUUCUUUUUGUUGUGACAGCGUUACAUUUGGUACAAUGGUGCCAACCAAAAUACUUUGGGAAGGGACAUGCGCAGUAAUGUUGUUGUUUGUCAAUGUUACUGUUUACCUCAUUGAAAUGAUCUGUAGAUUUCUGUUAGAGUUGUUAUUGGUGUACACAAAAUUCAAAUUCGAUACAACACAGUUAUGAUACAUUUUUGGUACAGCAUAAAUAACCAAGUUUCCAAUUUACAACAAUUCACAAGUACAAUAACUGAAAGUCUCUACUGAUAAAGUGUUUGUGGGCUCCAUUCAGACUCUUAGCAGCAUAUAACCAAAGAAAAGCUGUACAUUAAACUGUAACUGAUUUAGACAUGGUUAAUUAAAUGUUAUCGCUCUGGCUAAGA